AUUUCCCAUCAACCACCACACUGACUGUGGACAAAGUGAGUGCGAUUCAUGAGGAUAUCUUUAGGAUCUCUCCUCGCAUGCUCUUUCCGCCCGCGGAAUGACGACACGAGCCAGACUCGCCGACCCAAUUCAUUAUUUCACACUUAGAUCCACCUGACAAAACACUGCCUUCCUGAGAAAGAGAAUGCCAUGCAAUUGGUCUGCAGUAACCGCGAACUUCUACCAUAUGGCUUCCGACAAUAAUAUAUCGUGUGCACGCGCAACAUAACUUCCGUCCGUAUGAAUCACGGCUGUGAUUCUCAUGGAAGUGGCUUAUCAGUGCUAUUUCGAUAACGGCCUUUGGGAGGAUUUGAUAUAUAUAGUCCAACGAUCUAUUCUCUCUACUCCUCUGGCGCCAGGAUCAUCCGGUUUCCACUUAUCUGGAAGACUAUCUAUACAGGUAUAGGUACUUCUUAUGCAAAGAAGCAGAACACGCAUAUGCUGCCUCCUGCUGAGCCCCGUUCCCUGCGUUUCUUCCUCACGACAUGUUCAUGGCUUCUACGCUUCUGGACUACUAUAUUAGCUCGAUGAACUCGUUCUCGACCCCCGGGUGACGUUCGUUCUCCCUCUCCCUCUGUCUGUGCUCUUCGGUUAAUCCUCGGCUCUAUUUCUCCGCACUAUGCAGCUGAAGCUCGCAUCGCUUGCAUUGCUCCCGUUGGUAUCAUUGAUAGCGGCUUCUCCGACGCCAGCACCUCCCGUACAGAGGAUCCCAUUGACAAGGCGGUCGUUUACGAAAGAUGGAGUCGCAGAUGUUAAUGCGCUCAACACGCACCUGAAUAACGUUAGAGCUAAGAUUGCGAGGGGUUUCGCCAGUUUCCAAAGCAACACUGGCUCGGCGCACCCGAAUGACGAUGGCGGCCUUGCGAAGAGGCUACAGAAGCGCAAGACAGGCAAAGACCCGCUGACAGACGACUUUGAUGGUGAACUUUGGCAAGGUUCGAUUUCUGUUGGUACACCUGCCAACACGUUCACAGUGGACUUCGACACGGGUUCCAGUGACCUAUUUCUGCCAGGAACCGCUUGCACAGACCAGAAUUGCGCGGGACAUAAGAAAUUCAACACUGCAGCAAGCAGCACGGCUAUUGACCAGCAUCAGACGUUCCAAAUCGAAUUCGCCGAUGAAUCGACUGUCUCGGGAGAAGUCUUCCAUGAUACUGUCUCCAUCGCUGGCCUAACAGCGACCAACCAGGCCGUUGUGGCCGCCUCACAAUACUCCUCAGGCUUCGCUCUUGACGUUUCUCCGCCUGAUGGGUUAAUGGGCAUGGCCUUCCAAGCGAUCUCGAAUUCGAACAGUCCGCCAGUGUUCCAGACGUUCGUUGCAGAGGGUCAAACUACGUCGCCCGUGUUCGGAUUCACCUUACUUGACACUGGAGGAGAGCUAUUCCUUGGUGGAACGGACACGAGCGCGUUCACCGGGAGUCUGACUUUCACACCUCUUAUUACUCAGCCUGCAUUCUGGGAGAUUUCUGCACAGAGGGUGAGCGUCGGUAACCGGGCCGUCGUCACCCGCGCGCAGGAUGCUAUCGCUGACACUGGUACAACUUUGUUCAUCGUUGACACGAAUAGUGCACGUGCAAUCUAUGCUGCCAUUCCUGGAUCUGCAGACGCAAGCCGUACAUUCGGUGAAGGAUUCUUCACUGUCCCGUGCAACGCUAUCCCAGACAAUGUCAGUGUUACCCUCGGUAAUACAGCCUUCACGCUUUCUCCAGACACCUUCAACUUUGGUCAAGUCUCAGCCGGGUCUAAUGAAUGUGUCGGUGGUAUUGUCGCUGAUGAUAUCGGAAUGUGGGUCUUGGGUGAUGUCUUUUUGCGCAACGUCUACACAGAAUUCGAUACUGCGAACUUACGUGUUGGGUUCGCUCCUGUUCGCACAUAGUACUUCCUCCGUAUUGUCCCCUCAUUCUCACUCCGACACGCACUCCGUUCUGACAUACACUCACGCUCAUGUCAUGAAUCUAACCUACUGCUUGUAUCACGAAAAUAAAUGGGAAUUCAUUUGGGUUUAGGAGC